AUGCUAUACAAAAGAGUAAUUCGAUCUACCGUCCUGUCAUUCUCUCCGGCACCAGCCAAUACAGCUGCAGAAAAGGUUUUGAAAGGAAAAGCUAAGUCGAAACGAUAUGUAGAUACCAGACGACAUGCAAGAACGUCAACGAUAAAGGAAGGAGAUGUAGUGUUGGUGAAACAGACAAAGAAAAAUAAGUAUACAACCAUGUUUCGUCCUCAACCAUACAAAGUCAUCAAUGUCAUGUGCGAUACUCCAGAGUAACAGCGAAAAGGGGGAUCAUUUGACUAAAAGAAACAUUUCACAUUUUAAAAAAUUUAUUGGAGCGUAUAGAGAAACUGUUCAGGAGCCCGAGCCAGAAGACGAUAUUACCACUGAGGGCGCACAAGCAGACAAGACAACGGUCAAGCCACAAUUGAACAUAGAUAUCCUUUUAGAGCAAACAGAGGCGUGCAGCCAAAUUUCUAUGGACGGUAAAGAACUCGGAUUGUUAUCGGUAUACGGUAUACAUAGUUGUAUUAAUAAUUGUAGAAGGGACUACAGUACACGAGUAAUUCAGAGCUGUUCUUUAUGAGAGAAAGAGGGAGAUGUUAUGUUCAGAUGUUAUGUUGGGAUGUUAUGUUGGUGUUACAUGAAGUAUAGAACGUGGUAUCAGGGGGGUGGGGGAACGAGAAGAUAGACACAUGUGCAUGAGUGUGGGGAUUGUUCAGUUAGAAAAAUAAAUAAAGAUUUGAAGACAAAACAUCUACUACAAAUCUGGAUUCCGGAAUCCAUGGGGAGAAAUCCGGAAUCCAAGGUUGGAUCCGAAAUCCAAAUACCUUCUGGAUUACCUCACAUGCGGCAAAAAGUUUGCAUGGUAAAAAUAAUAUUAUUUGGGGUUUGUAAUUUAAAGCGUAAAAUUAAAAUAAUAAAUAAUAAAAUUACUAAUAAAUAAAUAAAUAAAUUGCGAUAAUAAAAUUACAAUAAUAGAUAAAUAAUUGCGAUAAUAAAUAAGUUGCGAUAUAUUAUAUAUAAUAAUAUUAUACCUUAAUUUCAAAUUGUCCAAUGAGAAUGUCCAGUUUGUGACACGUGAGCAUGAAAUUAAACACGAUAUCAAGCCUUACGUCAUCAUUUAGCGAGCCUUUUGACAAUAUCCCACCCCAUAUUCCCCGGGAAAUAUGGGGUGGAAUAUUAUUCGUGUCAACCACGCGAGACAACACGCACGACUCCAGCAAAAUGGCGAGAAAAUUAGUUAAUUUAAAUAUCUCGGCGAGUAUUUACCCCCCUUUUAAAUAAAAGUCACCAUUGUAAUCCUCAUAAAAUAACCUUUCGAACGGGGGGUCAAGUGCCGUCAGAAAGUUACACAAACUGAAACAAUCAUAUAUUUACUCACCGCUUGGCCAAAGAUUCUAAAUUUCAUAUCCACAAGAUCUUGAAUAUCCCUUGAACUUUUCGACAUUUGCUGAACGGCUAUAUGUGUAAAAUACUCUUUGUAUUCAAGCGCUUUCGUGUAGAAAGUUUCGUAUGUAUACACCGACUAGAAAUAUUUAUUUUGAAUUUUUCAAGAUGUCGGGUUUUACUCGCACUUUGCGUACAUUGCGCAAUAAUUGGCCAAUAAGAAGCUCCUUUGGCCGGGAUGACGUCAAACUCACGCGUGUAUGUGCAAUUUGACCUUGCGAACCAUUUCUGGCCUUUGCAGGGUCAUACGAUACAAACGUCGCAUUGUUUUGACGGUUUUAAGACGUAUUUCCGGUUGGGAUUAUUCACUUCGAGCUCACAGUCGGACAAGAAAUGGAAAUAUAUUGAUAAAAGAUACAGAUUUGUUGAUUCAGGGUUGCAAGUAACACUCCAAAAACACUAUUUAAUGGGGAUUCGAACAAGACUAUUACAAAGACGAUAUGUUCGAAGGGGCCGAAGUUAUUUUCGGCGAAAGGUAUGAAUAGUCUAUAUUUUUGUUCAGACAAUUGCGUAAUUUGAUACAAUAUUAUCGUGUUUGACUUCAAAGGCCCAUAAAUCGCUACAAUGUUGAUAAUGACUAUAACUAUAGGGAGGAAUUAGUUGAAUCUUUUAUUUCUGAAUCGAAUGGUGGUAUUUCUGUCCCCAUAGCAUGCACUGAACCGAGGAUAUAAAAAUUUCUCGCCGUCAACCGCUAGCGGAUGACGAGACUGGCUUGUGAUGCAAAAGAGUAAUGGCGGAGAGCACAAAGGCACAGAAUACUACACAGAAGUCCAUCUCCAUUGUUUUUUGCGUAAGCGUUAUUCGUCAUGAUUCGUCACUCAGCAAGUACCGUAAACAGAAGCAGUCACCCCCCUGGACGUUCGCCAUUUUUAGUAUUUCCAGGGGGGUGACUGCUUCUGUUUACGGUACUUGCUGAGUGACGAAUCAUGACGAAUAGAGCUUACGCAAAAAAACAAUGGAGAUGGACUUCUGUGUAGUAUUCUGUGACAAAGGCGAGGAAAUUCAACGUUUAUUUAACAGCAGAUACAAGAAAAACACAACAAAAGCGACAAAAAAUGCUAUUAGUAUGUAGUGGUAUUUUUGACGAGCAAAUUCAACGUACAUAAACGGCAGACACGCAGAGGCAACGAAAAAUGCUAUCAGUAUGUAGUGCUAUUUUUUGUGGCAUAUUUUUCGGUAUAAUAUAUCAUUUAUAGACCCCGAGCGAGGGGGAUUCGGCAAAAUAUUAACCCUCAGUGAUGAUUAAUAUUUUGCCGAAUCCCCUUCGCUCUCCUGAUUCCCUUUGCAGAGCGCUGUAACGUUGGCAUUAUCCAGGCAAAUCUUUGAGAUCAGUGACGAGAUUAGCCCGCGCUGUCAUUCCAGCGGUUUUGCUUGUGGUUAUCGUCUAGCGUAAAUUCUUUUGGAACACGAGCAAAAUUCAAAAAUCAAAAUUCACACGAAGAAUCUCAUAUAAAGCAAAUUAACCUAAUUUUUGAGGUAAGCAGACCUUUUAAACUUUCCUUUCACUUAUUUUGUGAGGUUACUUUAACCAAGGAAGAUCUAUACCCGUUAAAUGUCGCGUAAAUUGACUGAAGUGUUGUAAUAUUUUGUGAAAAAAUUGGAGAAGCCGGCCAGGAUUGAACAUGAUGGACAAUAAGAUAAACAUUCGCUGCCCAGAAAUAUCACUUUAUUUUAUUUUUGAGCUUUUGGCUGCCAGAUUGCAGCCUUCAAAGGGAAGUAAAAUGAAAUACAACACCUACAAUAAAUUAUAUGAUUGUGAUAUACUGUAUACAAUUACAAAAUGUUCGCAUAGUUUACAAAUAAUGAAUGUUUAUGAGUGCAAUGGUAAGAAUAUUUUCAUGAGGUGAAAGAUGAAAUGUUUUAUAUAAUACCUCGUUACAUUCAGAUCGUUUGAUUGGUUAAUUAUCAGGGCCGCCCAGAGGGGGGGACCUCAGAUUUCAAAAUUUUCCUGGGGGUGAAUGCCUCCGGAUCCCCGUAACAACUUGUCCUACUACAAGUACAAGAUAGAAUUUCAAGGGCCCCCAAGUCAAAAUUUUGUCCCGGGCCCCAAAUUUCUCUGGGCGGCCCUGUUAAUUAUGGUCACGUGAUAUUGAAUAGAAAGUUCCAUUCUGUAGAGUACAAUAGUAUUCGUACUAUUGCACUCUACGUUUUCAACACGUUUUUCGCACAGCGAUUUCGCAGUUUUUUUACACCGUUUAUUAUUAUAGUUUUUUAAUAAACCGUCUGCAAAAGGAAUAGCCUAUGUUGGUAUUAUAUAAAACAAAUAAUGAAUGUUUUUAUUCAUGCAAUGGCAAGAAUAUUUUCAUUCGGUGAAAGAUGGAAUGUUCCAUUCAACUCGGCUGUCGCCUUGUUCAAUAGAACAAUCCAUCUUUCACCUCAUGAAAAUAUAGUUAUCAUUGCACUCAUAAACAUUCAUUAAUUGUAUACUAUUCAACAAGGCGAUAUUCAAAUAGGCUAUGGCUUUUCAAGAACAAUUUAUUAAAGACAGGUUACAGUCCCUUGUGCGCAUGUCUCUAAAGUGUAAACAAGUGUGGACCAGACAUCAGUUUGGCAGCCUUUCUCAGUUGAGGAUAUCAAACUUGCAGGAUUUGGAGCAGUUUAAAUCAGUUGUAAAUCUUUUGAAUGCCGGUACUUGUGUUAAAAGCUGUUUAUUCAAUGAGAUACACAAAAGGAUAAAGUGUAUUUGUAAACAUGCCUUUGUUUACUUUUGUCUAUAGCGCCCCCUUUAAAAAAACAAUAACAAUAAACGGUGUAGUACUCAAUUUCAUAAAAAUUGAUCAAAAUCACGAAUCAAAAAUCGCUAAAAUUGAUAAAAAAUAUUCAAUAAUAAAUUCAGUUCUUUGUAAAUGUCUUUGCGAGUUUGCGAUGUAUGUACACAGAGUAGAGACAUAUCUCAUAGACAUAUAGAGACAUAUGUCUUAUCUACUCUGUGGUAUGUAUUUGAAAAUUGCAGUGCUUCCACUUUUAACCACUUGUAUUUGAAAAUUGCAGUGCUUCCACUUCCAUGUAUUUGAAAAUUGCAGUGCUUCCACUUCUGGUCCUCGUUGAUUAUAAAAAAGCAUUUGAUUUAAUAGACCAUAACAUCUUGAUUAAAAAGCUUUUUUCAUAUGGAGUACAUGGCCAGUCUCUGGAAUUGUUCAAAAGUUAUCUUUCUGAUCGAUCCCAAUAUGUCAAUGUGGACGGUGUUAAGUCAUCCUCUAGGCCUGUCGAAUGUGGUGUGCCCCAAGGAUCUAUACUUGGGCCCAUCUUAUUCAUUAUAUUCAUUAACGAUCUUCCAGAUCAGAUCAAACAUUCUGUUGCUGAUAUUUAUGCUGAUGACACGACGCUUAGCUAUGCACAUGAUUACUCUUCUGCCCCUCAGUCAAUUACGGUUGAAUUACAGAAGGACAUUACAAAUCUUGCAGAUUGGUCAAGAGUUAAUCAUAUGGUUUUGAAUGAAGAGAAAACUAAAACUCUUCUGAUCACCGGAAAGCGCCUGAAGAAGAAAAUGGGCACCCUUGAUAUUGAUCUUAUGCUGAAUGGGAAAAAACUCCAACAAGUCACCUCGUUUAAAUUGCUUGGAGUUAUGCUCGAUGAUGAACUGAGCUUUGAUAUACAUGUUGACAAUAUAUGUAAGAAACUAUCUCAACGAAUCGCGGUACUCUGUAAAAUAAAGCGUUGCCUCCCAUUUAGAGAACGCUGUCUUUAUUAUAAUGCUAUGAUAAAGCCUAUCAUUUUCUAUGGUUCAGCUGUUUGGACAACAACCUCGAAAGAAAACCUAAACAGAGUUUUUAGGUUACAGAAAAGAGCAGCUCGGGUUAUUUUAGAUUUGGACAUGUCAGCGCGAACAGUUAACAUGUUUCAGCAACUAAACUGGAUACCAUACUACGACGAAGUGAAGAUUCUUAAAGCAACAACAGCCUAUAAACGUAUAAAGAAUGAUUCUCCGAACUAUUUAGAUGAUAUGCUGAAACUGAAUUCUAGUGUGAAUAGUAGAUCCACUAGAUAUUGCAAUUUAAAUUUCCUAUGCCCUAAAUACAAGCGAGAAACCGAAGGUGGUCGUACAUUUGCCGUUUCGACCAUAAAACAAUGGAACCAGCUGCCUAAGACUGUGCGUGAUAAGGGGACGGUGGCUUCGUUUAAACACGGCAUGAAACAGCUUUUUAAAGAGAGCUUUUAAAGAGAGCUAUUUUACUAUAUAAUCUUCGGAUUUUAGACGUAUGUAUAUAUAGUAUUUUAUAAAUUUAGUACUUAGGUUUAAUGUUAAAUGUAUAAUCCAUUGAGAGCGGACGGUGGCUUCGUUUAAACACAGCAUGAAACAGCUUUUUAAAGAGAGCUAUGAAAACAUCGAUCAUUUUACUAUAUAAUCUUCGGAUUUUAGACGUAUGUAUAUAUAGUAUUUUAUAAAUUUAGUACUUAGGUUUAAUGUUAUUUGUAUAAUCCAUUGAGAGCCACAAAUUUAUCAGUGCAAACUGGCAUGUGUAACUCUCGUUAAAUAAAGUCUUCAUUCAUUCAUUCAAUUGGUGAAAAUUCCUUAAAAUGUCCUUAAAAUAAAAAAAUUAAUUCACGAACCAUUUUUUCAGAAUUAAUUCGAACCCUGCUAGAGGUUCUAAAUGUUCAAAGAUCUUUCUGCCCCCCCUGAAAAAAUGCAGCCCGUACGUCUAUUGCACUCUGUGGAAAUGGAACUUUCUAUUCAAUAUCACAUGACCAUAAUUAACCAAUUAAAUGACCAGAAUGUAACAAGGUAUUAUAUAAAAAUUUUAGUAAUAUACACAAAUAAUGAAUGUUUAUCAGUGCAGUGGUAAGAAUAUUUUCAUGAAGUGAAAGAUGGAAUCUUGUAUUCAACAAGGCCAUAGCCAAUAGCAUAAAAAAAGGCUAUUGCUUUUCAAGAACAGUUUAUAAAAAAACUAAUAAUAAACGGUGUAAGUAAACUGUGACCACUGUGCGAAAACCAGUAGAGUGCAAUAGUAUGAAUGCUAUUGCGUAUGAAUACUAUUGCACUCUAGAGAGUGCAAUAGUAAACUACUACCAGGAAAAUAUUCCAUUUUACUAACUAACUAAUUAACAUUCAUGCGAACAUCAUAUUUUUGUAAUUGUAUAUAGUAUAUCACAACCAUAUAAUUUAUUCAUUGGUGUUAUAUUUCAUUUUUACCUUCCUAUUGAAGGCUGCAAUCUGGCCGCAGAAAGCUCGAAAAUAAAAUAAUAUUUCGGGUGGCAGAAUGUUUAUUUUUUUGUCCAUCGUUAUAUUUUGUGUUAAGUAUUAAAUGAGCUGUGUCACCAUCAGUGCAUCUUUUCUGUGCAUAUGGCUUAAACUUCGGGAUAUGUGUGAAACUGUAAGAGAACACUUCAUGUGUCAUGGUGCCAUCGGUAAACACAGAAAUAAUGCAUGUGAAUUGAUUUAAACAUGAAAAUAUGUCGGAUUUUGAACAAUCCAGCAAGUUUUAAAGUUUAAAAUCAAUGUUACGAAGUUAAAACAAUAUGCGCAGAAAAGAUGCGCAAAAGAUGCACAUCUGGAGAUAACACUGUAGCUUCACUCGGAUAGAAAUGAAUGAUUGACCAAAUCCAAAUGAAUCUACUAGGGUUAGACGUGGUGCGUUGAAUAAAUUGAACUCGAAGAUGCAAUUUUGACGACACAAUUAUAUCACUUUAAUGAACAGAUGACAGGAUAUAUAUAUAUAUAUAGGCGUGAAGUAUGUACAAACAAUGAUAUCACGAUACGACGACUUGUAGGAAAUAGAGUGUAGAAAUAUAGAUCAAUGUUGUAGGUUUGUUUGUAGAAUCAAGUCUUCACAAAUUGCCUCUUUUGGGGUCGUUUAAGGAGUCGUUUAUCGUGGUAUAUUGUCCUUGUAGAUAGACGUUCGGUCGAUAGAUAAUGUAUAGAACCGCGUAGAGUCCUAAUUCGUUCGAAUCGAUAAUUCGUUAAUUCGUCAAUUUGGUACUGGUAGGAUUGGUAAAUGGGUAGUUCGAUCAUUCGGUUAUUCGAUCAUUCGGUUAUUCGAUCAUUCGGUUAUUCGCUUAUUCGAUCGUUCGGUUAUUCGAGAAUUCGGUAAUUCGGUUCGAACUAAAAUACAAUGAGCAAACAAACUAACUAUAGUAAAGUAUAACAACUAUAACAAAUAUAAGUUAUAUAACAAGAAAUGACCGAUAUUGAUACUCUAUACUUAAUACUAAUUAACGUGCAAACAUUUACUUACACAUGCGCCGUUUAGCAUGCACUAAACUCAAUUUUAGCGACGCGUGAAUCGAAAGUGUUGCGUUAUCUUAGCGCAGAUUUUGCCUAUACACAAAUACAUAUACUUGCGCAAAUUGAACAAACACGAAGCGAGACUGGAAUUACCCAUGCAUGAAAUAACGCAAUUUAUUCUAUAAAGUCACUUUUAUGUGAAACAUUUCGCGCAGUCUUAAUGCCGCAAAAACAACUUAUUAUCUAUGUACUUACUUUGGUUUGCUAACGCACCAAACUUUAGCUCUUUUUACAGCGUAGACUUAACGGCGGCUUCUUCUCUAAGCCGGGAUAGAACGGUAGAUAUAGUCUUCUUAACGUGGAUAGAACUUGGCUAAUACGCAGCCCAAACUGUUAUUACUUACUCACAAGCGUCCGCGUUAACGACUUAUGGCCGAAUGAACACUGCAGGCUAUGUAAACUGUUUUAAUGCAAAAAACAACCGGAAUUUAAUGCGCAAACAACAACUCUAUGUUUUUCGCAACGGACAUAGCGUGGCUAGGCUUGGCAACCGCAUUGCGCAUUUGCUGACCAUACUUGCGCAUUUGCUAACCAUAGCUGCAUUUUUCUGAUGGGAAUCUAGCUAACUGCGGAAAAUAACUUUGCUUCUUGCAGUAUCUGCAAGAAUUAGGCAAAAUAGUUGAAGAUUCGUAAAGAAAUUCUUUGUUAUGCGACAGAUUAUAAAAAUAUUUUUCACUGAAUAAUUGCAUGGAAAACUUGUAACAGAGGCUGUGAAGUAAGGAAACAGACAUGUUCCUUGACCCCCAAAAACUUUCCGUCCAUUCAAACCAGUUAAUUUUUUUUUAAUACAGGAAUUUUGAGUUUUUCUGUUUUUGUAUCGAUUUGAAAUUGAAAUGUUCUCAAUAGCAACUACAGAAUUUGAAUGCAUUUGUGGUGCUUUCAUUGACUUGGGAGUUAAAACUUUUCCUAUUAAAUGUUGUCCAAAUACUCCCCCCCCCUAGAAAAAGUCACUUUUGAGUCCUUAUACAUGUUACUUCUUGAUCCUUGUAUCAAAAUUUUUCUACCCUUUGAACAUUGGUAGACAUUAGGUAAAGCUAUUUAUUAUAUGUAUUACAAGUAUUCUGUUGAAUAAAUGUGGUGUAGAAAUGCCGGUAUGCUAUAUUUCUCACAUGUGAAAAAAGCAACACGUCCAAUCAACGCCACGUAAACCAUUUUUCACACGUGAAAAUAUAACCAAUCAGAAAAAAGGAACAAAUUUGAAAAACAUAGAGUUGUUGUUUGCGCAUUAAAUACAACAACUUUAUAAUCAACGAAAUAUCCUUGUGAGUUUUGUUUAAUGUAUUCUUAUUGCAUUGGUUUUCGAUAAAUUCGUCCAUAGACUCGUCAAGUUCAACAAAACGAGUAGCUAGCUCGGGCAUUUAAAAGUAAACAAAGGCCGCCAGACUGCAGAACAAUUCGCGCUGUUUUUUCAUUGGCUCUCGAAUUUGUUCCCUUUUUCUGAUUGGUUAUAUUUUCACGUGUGAAAAAUGGUUUACGAAGCGUUAAUUGAUUGGACGUAUUGCUUUUUUCACAUGUAAGAAAUAUAGCAUACCGGCAUUUCUACACCGCAUUUAUUCAACAAAAUACUUCUAAUACACCGUACGCAUCACUUUUCAUGAAGUAUCCUCUAUAUAUUAUGAAAUUUAGCACAAAAAAGUUUUAAGAAUUAAGCGUUACAGUACCCUACAAAUUCCGUAAAGUAUCUCCCAGGGCUGUGCCAAUUAAGCCACAGUGAUGGUAUAAUUCAACAUCGAAGAAAUGGCAUAUUGUAAACACUGGGCUGGACAUUGGACUUUCACUUUCUCCAACAACUUACCCAGACCAGCAACGAUUAUACAAAUGAUUGUUGAUAAUAUUAUUUUUAUACAACAAUUUGUAUAAAUGAAGCAAUUUCAUUGGUUACUUAGUGCGCUAUUAAAUAAGGUUUAAAUUCCGGAUGAUGAUGGCACACAACUGCUGCAAGACAUUUCAUUUUUUCACUCACAAUGUAUAAAUGAAAUAGAUUUUAUUUUGCCGAGCAUGUGUACCGUAAUAGAACACGGAAUACGUUAUGCAAUGAAAUCUGUUAAUUAAUUUGUUUUACUUAAGCUCGUUUUCCAGUGGGCUUUAUACAUCACGAGUUGAUUUCGGCUCAAUUUCCAAAUCAACAAUCCUGAAACUUAAUCUCUUAUUCUUAACCAGGCCAAAAACAAAUGUAAAAAUUAUUAAUUAUAAUAUUAAUUCCUGUUCAUGCGCCAUUUUAGAGUGUUGAUUACGACACAACAAUAACAAGCAACACACAACAAGCUUGGUGAUAUUAAAAUUACGUGGUGUAAACUACAAACUUUAAAGUAAUCAAACAUUUUUCCCCAAUUUUUUCGGGUCACUUUGCAUGUAUUACAUGGAAUUAAAUUCCAUAUAACUUAGCCCAGAUUAGUGAUGGCAGCUAAUAGAAUUAGGGCCAGUUUUAGAGUCAGUGAAAGUCCAAAUUCCAGUCCAAAGUCCAGUCAGUGUUUACAAUAUGCCUAAAAGAAAGCUCUUCUCCAUCUCUUAGAACGUGUGUAGGUUCCAAACGCGUAUAGUUUGAACCCUCUUCGUAGGGGAAACUUUUAAAGUGCACCUAACCCCAUUUUUGUUUUUAAUAUAAUCUGAAAGAUUUUGAUUUUAGAAGAGUUUUGCAAAUUUUUUUUUCAACUUGGGUGCUUCUUGUAUUCGUAAUCACGGCUUGAAUAUCACUAAAUUAAUUCAAAAUUGCCGCCAUUUUGGUUCACGACCGAGCAUUCUUGUUAGCAGUCCGGUGACAAAUGUGUGACGUAAAUUCCGGACAACGACAGAAGCCUUUGUGUAUUAUUUGCAAAAUUGCGCAUUCACUCGCUGUUCGAUACGCGGAAAAAAUGCCUGAAAGGUGCGUCGUAUAUGGCUGUAGUAACACUAGAAACGCGAAAGAAGGAAUAUCCCUUCAUGUUAUUCCUUUUUGCGCGGACGAAAGGACAGAGGCGAAGAAAAGAAGGAGAAAGUGGGUAGAUUUUGUUUGCCGAACACGCGCAAACUGGAUGCCCACACGGCCCGAUCAGUCGUGUGCUCUCAGCACUUCAAGACGGAAGAUUUGUCACAUUGUUAUGCUAAUGUUGGAGAAGAAGGAAGUCUUUCGAGUAGAUGGCUCAAACGAGAUGAAAUAGGAAUGGACCUUUAACCUUAUAACUAAAAUUGGAAAAACUUUGAAAUAGGAUAAAUCCAUCGCCACAGCUUGAAAGAGCAUCUUGAAUUUAGUAAAAUUGCAAAGUUUGGUUGCGAAAUGUUGUAAAGGAAGGAAACUAUGACCUUGCAAAGUUGGCAAUUUUUGUAUACUUUAGUAUUACGCGCGGGGAAAAGUUACCCCGUUCGAAAAAAUUGUAUUACAUUUUCGCGCACGGGGUAACAUUUCUCCGCGCGUAAUACAAAAGUAUACAAAAAUUGCCAACUUCGCAAGGCCAUAUUUUCUUCACUUUACAAUAUUUCGCAACCAAACUUUGCAAUUUUACUAAAUUUAGGAUGCUCUUUCAAGUUGUGAUGAUGAAAUUUCUUAUUUCAAAUUGUUUUAGGGUCCAUUGUUGUAUUUGUUUCCUGGCCAUGCCUUUCUGAAUACUUCAAUUACUGCUGCUAAAUGCUUCAUUUCUUGUAUUACACUAGUGCCUAAAGUAAAUGCAAAGACGAAGGAAAGGCAGCCACCAAAAUGCAGUCUGUGCAAGCAGCUAAUGAAAGGACACAAAAAUGUUGCCAAUUGCCCAAAGAAUAAAAAGACAUGAAUAUCAAUUUAUACUAUUUUGUAGUUUUUCAAUUGUUUUUUUUUUCAUGGAAGUGGUACCAAUAUUAGUAUAUGUAGGUAAUUUAACUUAUAUACAAGUAUCUGCCUUAGACUUAUCUCUCAGAUGAGAAAUGAUUUAAAUAAAAUAAUUUCUUACAAGCAUGAACAAACAGAAACUCACUGCCUACAGUAAGCAACACAAUAAGAUUCAAAAUCUUGAGCAAUUAGAUCAAUGAAAGGCCUCUGCUCAAAACUUUGAAUCUUAUUGUAUCAUUUAGGAAGUGGGCACCUUACCUACACUGGCCACGCUUUGAAAAUUCUUACAGGGCAUGCUAUUGGAAUUGAUUACAGUCCCUCGUUAAAGUUUUAUGGAACCCACACCUUACUACAACAUUCACACACAAACAAGGUGAUUAGAUUAGAAACAUGUGCUCUCAUUCGAAAAUUAUUUAUUCAAACCCAUCAGCCUCCCGUAAAUAGCAUUAGCAAAAACAAUUUAGUUAAUAGAAGAAUUGUUAUGCCUCACUUCAUACUCAACAUAUUUUUAUUAGUUAUAUUGAGCUGUUCACCAUCUUCUAUUGAGCUAAUUUUUAUUGCCAAUGUCACCUGUGCAUCAUGUUUGCUACAAUCAUGUUUCUUAUAAUCAUGUUUGCUACAAUCAUGUUUCCUACGAUCAUGUUUGCUACAAUCAUGCUAUUAAAAUGAUGGGAUAGUGGUAUUUAACAAACUGUCAUUGAAAAAUAUCUAAAUUGUUGAAAAGUUUGUAGUGGAAAAAUGCUUUUUGCUGUCAUGUAAAAAUUAUUAAGAAAAUCAGCUUUCAUCAUCUUCAUCUAUUUCAAAUCCAGUUAAUUCCUCAUCCUUGUUUGGUGUCCCUACCAUUCGCCCAUUCAAACGGUCCUUCAUUCUUCCUUCUUCUUCUGUGUUUUCCCUCAUUUCUUGUUCAUAACGAGCGGUCCAUUCUUCACUUGCAACAGGGUCAUCUGCGCAUAAAGCAUCUUCGUCACUCGAAUCUCGAAGGCUGGAAUAUCUUGCUUCGCUUAAAUCAUCGUCUGAUGAUAGUUCGACCUCUCCUUCGUAAUCAGAGUGUUCCUUACUUCUGUAUCGAUCGGAAUCAGACGAAGUUGAAGUCAUUUUAUUGUAAUUUAUACAUAGAGAACAUAGAAUUAUUUAUUGAAAACAGUGAUAUUCACGUUAUUUGAUACAGUUUGAUAGUAGCCGAAAGUAUCGAAUGUCCGGAAUUUACGUCACAGACCUAACUCUCCCCAAUCUCCUGAAACGCGGCUGUUGGUCGAACACAGGCUGUCUUUCACAGGGACCAGUAAUCAGAGAGAAUUUUUGUGCCAAAAAUCUUGAAAAAUCACUAUCUUUCAGAUUUUGUUACAAACAAAAAAGGGGUUAGGUGCACUUUAAAAAAUAAGCCAAAUUGUGGAUGUGUGAAUUUUAUUGGUUUAUUGGGGGUUAUUCUAAACGGCUAUUCAAAAAUAUGUGUGACUUGGUUUUUUUUCAAUUAAUUAACGUAAUCGACUCAUUUCCACUUUAUGUUCACCACAUGUUCAAACGUCUUGUCAUUUAUUUAUUUUUAGUUCUUGCCGCAAAAAAAUGCGUGCCAAGCAAAAACCAUAUCAAUGUGCUGUUUGUGA